AUGAAGGCCAAGAAACCUGCAAUCGCUGCUGCGGGUACCUUCUUUGGCCUCUUUUCGUUCUCUCAAAUAUACCAAAACGUGUUGUUCGAACGGUUAACGCCGUGGUCGGAGCGCUUAGAAGAGAAGGCUUGGGUAGGAUCAUCAAAAUCUUGGGUAGAGCGCAAGACAUGCAACUGGUUUGGACUGUGUGGUCUUUCACACCUGGACGAGUCGCAAUGGACCAGCAAGAUCGAGACACAGAAUCAAGGUGACAAAGUAAAUCUUACGGAAUUCUGGCAUGAUGCGCAAGCCACUCUGGAGGACUUACCCUCACAAGAGCGUGAGGUGCCCCAAUACGUCCUUGAUUACGCGCCACUUAUUUAUCUCUAUUCUGGGGAACAAUACUGGCCAGGCGACAUAGUGGAGCAUUUAAUCCACACCACCCCGCAUCUCAACUACACGCCUCUGCAAGCGACUAGCGACCAUCCCAACCUUACCAAUUUGGGCGAUUUGAACAAGUGGGGUAGAUUCGUCUAUCUGCAAAGUGAUGACAAUGUCGAGGACCGACCAAAUUGGCUCGGGGGAGAGACGAAUAUCCCUAGUGCACCUGGUGGCGACGAGGAUGAUGAAAGUUGGAGAGACCACGACCGUGGCAAGGGGCAUUAUGAAGAAGACAAAAGCGGCAAGAACUCCAAAUGGUUCCACGUAGGACCAGGCGAUGCAGAGGAGAGAGGUGGCAUCGUCCCGGCAUCCACAUCCCCUGGCCACCCGAUCCCGACCAGAACACCUGAGGGUGACGAGCUCGUUGAUAAAUACGGGACAUGGCAGCCCGAGUUACGCAGUCGACAACGACGACGUCAGCUUAUGGGGAAGAAGGUCGUCGGUGGUAGGAGUGACGCGCCUGCAGUGCUGGUCACCGUGCCCAAGGGUGAUGGCGUCGUGGAUGCAUUCUGGUUCUUCUUCUAUUCUUAUAACCUGGGCAAUGCAGUAUUCAACGUCCGUUUCGGCAAUCACGUUGGAGAUUGGGAGCACACUGUUGUGCGCUUCCACAACGGCGAGCCUAAAGCAGUAUUCUUCAGUGAGCACAGCUUCGGUGAGGCAUACACGUACGAGGCCGUCGAGAAGAUUGGCAAGAGACCUGUUGGUUUCUCUGCCACUGGAACGCACGCAAUGUAUGCGACGGCUGGUGUCCAUCCAUAUGUCCUUCCUGGCGGCAUCCUACACGAUGUGACUGAUCGCGGCCCGUUAUGGGACCCUGCCCAGAACAUGUACUCAUUCACGUAUGACUACCGAACCGACAAGUUACUUAGCUCGAACCUUACACCAACUGCCCCCACCAGCUGGUUCUACUUCGCAGGCCACUGGGGCGAUAAGUUCUACCCGUUGAGCGAUCCACGACAAUACCGAUUUGUAGGCCAGUAUCAUUACGUCAAUGGUCCGCUCGGACCACGUUUCAAGAACUUGGGUCGUCAGGAAAUCUGCCAAGGAAACGGAGAAUGUGUGUUGAAGAAGUGGAUUGGAGACAGGCGCGGGACAGAGACAAAGCGAUACCCUCAUGUCGGCCGUGGCGAAGAGAUGAGCGAAGAAGAUGCGAGGCGUGUGUUCGGCUCCGAGUUUGACUCUGCAUCAUGA